CUAAAAAGUCCAUAAAAAUAGGGCUAAAUGCACCCAAACAGUUGGUGCUGUAUUGUCGUUCUUGAUUGCUAACUGUAUUUUUUUUAUUUAAUAUACUUUUAAACCUGUAAUUGUUUUUACUGACAUUUUCCCUAAAACAGUUUAAAACUAGAUCAGUUGUAGCUCUCAAGAUGACCAAGAUUAUUUUACGUUACUUUAGGAGCUGAAAAUUUUGUUUUUAAUUUUUUUUUAAUCUCAAACAAUUAAAAAACAGGUAACAUAAAUUUUCACAUGUACUCUUCCAUAUUCCUAAUACAUAAAAUAAGACAAUAUGGAAAAAGGAAAUAAUUUCAACUUUUUUUCUUAUUUAAUUCCUCAACUUGAAUCACAUUUACCCUCAUCUAGAUGUGAGGUGCAUAAUCUGUGUAUUUCAUUUGGUUUUUGUUUUGCUUUUUUAUUCCCCAACCCAUUUCCCCCAUAUAUUUAACUGCGUUGCUGUUCCACCUCCGGCCAGCAGAGGCGCUCGUGAGGCUCCAGCGUCUCUUCCGGUUUGAACAAAACCAAAAUGGGUGGCGCCAAAGCGUCGCUAACGGACAGCUCUCCUCCAGUCACUACUGUUAACAGUUAAAAACACCAAGUCUUUGUUUGGCUGGAAGUUUUACUUUGAAGCUCAAAUGUCAGCAUGAGCGGGAAAUCAGACCAACUUCUUAUCGUUGUUUCGAUUCUGGAAGGUCGCAACUUCCCAAAGAGUCCCCAGCGCAGCGUGGUGGUUCAGGCGAGCUUCGAUGGCGAGCAGCUGGCCACCGACCCGGUGGCGCACCGAGAGCAGCCGCAGUUCUGCACUGAGCUGGCCUGGGAGCUGGAACGUAAGAGGCUGCACCAUCACAGGCUGCAUCGAACUCCCAUCAAGCUCCAGUGUUUUGUCAUCGACUCCAUCAGCAACAAGAGGGAGGGUGUCGGCUACAUCAUCCUGGACCUCAGGGAGGUUCAGGAAGUCAGACAGGAGCCUCGUUGGUACCCACUCCUGAGCAGUAAAUACACCAAACAGAAACCCGCUCUCCUCAUCGGCGUGAUGCUGGAGAACGACUCCAAGGCCUCUGAAGCCUCUCCUGAGGGCUUUAAAGCCAGGAAGGCCCCCCCUCGGCGAGGUUCUGCUUCGGUAACGGAUCUGCUUCCUGACAAGCUGGAGGCCGUUCUGAUCCCAGAUCAGGGUUACCACCAGGUGGGGCCAGCGGGUCUCUGCACGGACAUGUUUGUCCUGUCUGUCACCGUCGCCUUCGCUACCCGACUAGAACAGCUGAUUCCCAGCACCAAGAAACUUUACUCAGAGCAGUCUGGCUUCUUCUUCUACUACUCCCUACUGGGGAAUGACAUCACCAGCGAGCCUUUUCACAACCUUCUGGGUCCGGACUUUGAGCCAGAGCGCGCCUCCGUCCGCAUCCGCAGCAGCAAACCGGUCCUCCAGACCUUCCUGUCCCAGCAGCCCAGCCUACAGAUCCAUCUCUGCUGUGGGGAUCACUCUCUAGGCAGCACAGACGUUUCCCUCUCCACUCUGGCUGCUGUUUCUGGUGAUCUGGAGAACAAGGCAGCGACGGUGGAAGGAGCCUUCGUUCUUCUCACUCCCAAACGUGCGAAGCUGCCAGCUCUGCCCGCCGACCUGCAGCCAACCAUCGGAGUGGCUGUUUCUCUGAGGAGGGAGGAGGCACCGCAGCCCUCUGUGGUGAAUAAAGACCGGACCAGAGCUCCAGCUGAGCCGGGACCUCAGAGCUCCUCUCCAGUCCAGAAACCUUCAGACCAUCCUCCUCCACCUGCUCCUCUUCCUCCUCCUUCCUCUCACACUGAGAGCGAAGCUGAGAGUCUUCUAGAGGAGCUAGAGUUCCACAAAGAGCCAACGGGAGCAGCAGCUUCAGCUGCAGAUGUGGAGGUUCCUGCUCCUCUGCCUGGUCAGCCUGAGGUCAUAGCAGCAGGAGGAGCAUCCUCCAUCAGUGUUUCUGCUCCCAAGGUGGCAAUCCCCUCCUCCGCCCAUCACUACUGCUUCUCCCUGGACCUCCGCAGCCUGGGGAAGCUCAGCUUAACUCACUCCAUCGCCGCUACGCUCAGGUAUUCCUACCGGUUCUUUGGCAGCGCGGCUCCCAUCAUGACCAACCCUCCUGUGGAGCUGCAGAGGAACAUGGAGGUGUCGCUGCCUCAGUCCUACUGCGCCUUCGACUUCGCUGCCCUGCCGCAUCAGCUGCAGGACACCUUCCUGAGAGUUCCUCUGACGGUGGAGCUCUGGCACCGAGGCUCCACCAGCAGGGAUCAGCUGAUUGGACGAGCCUCCAUCCACCUGUCUCACCUGCUGAACUCAGACAGAACCAGAACCGUUGGAUCCACCGGAGAGCAGAGCUGGAAGCAGAUCCAUCAGGACCGGAUCCCCGUGGUCCAGCCACAGAGUCCAGCAGAGAAAGUGGCGGAGCUGAGCUACGUGGCGACGCUGGAGGACCUCGGCUUCGUCAGAGCUAAAGAGGUCGUCCUGUCUGAGUCCUUACAGAAUGAACCUCCAGCCGCUCCGCCACCGGCCUCCCACCCCGCAGCGUCCCCUCAGGGUCCGCCGGGCCCCAUCGGCACCAGAGAGACCCUGGAGUACCGCGCCGCCCUGGAGCUGGAGAUGUGGAAGGAGGAGCAGGAGGACCUGUUUGAUGAUCAGCUGAGGAGGAAGGAGCUGAGGCACAUGCAGGCGCUGGCAGAAGAGUGGAAGAAGAGGUACGCAGAGAGGGAAGCUCUGCUCAAGAAGAAGGAGGUGGAGCUUAGCCGGCUGGAGGAGAAGCUGCAGAAGACUCUGGUUGAUCUGGAGAGGAGAGAGAAGCAGAUGUCAGAGGCCGAGCUGCAGACUCAGCGGCUGCAGCGGGAGCUGCGAUCCGAACACGAGCUCACCCAGAAGGAGGUGCAGGAGCAGAGCAGGAGGCUACAGCGGGAGUGUGACCACCGGGUGGCGCUGGAGAGAGAAAAGGUCCAACUGAUGGAGCAGGAGCGAGAACGGCUGCUGCAGCAGACGGCGGACGGGGAGGCCCGUUACAAACAGCUGGAGAGAGAGUUUCAGCUCUACCGAGAACAGCAGAACCUGCGACCCGAGUUCAGACUGCAGUCAGACAUCAACCUGAUGAGGCUGGAGAAGGUGGAACUAGAGAGGAAGCUGGAGUCCACCACCAAGUCAAAGCUUCACUACAAACAGCAGUGGGGUCGCGCCUUAAAGGAGCUCGCUCGCUUCAAACAGCGCGAGCACGAGAACGCCAUGGUGUGUCUGAAGAAGCAGCAGGCAGAACUGGAGGCCAUGAGGCUGCGUUACCUAGCAACAGAGGAGAAGGAGGUGGUCCGACAGGACCUGAAGGAGCUGGACAGCAUCAGGAAUGAACUGAACAGGUUAAAAAAGCAGGAAGAAAGCUCAGGCCCCGCCCCUUCUCCACCUGACCACGCCCACGGCUCAGCUCUAAACGAGAGCGCUGAGGAACACCUGAGUCGUCUGCUGGAGGAGAGGGAUACGCUGCUGAGGACGGGCGUCUACACCAACGAGGACCGGAUCAUCACUGAGCUGAACAGACAGAUACAGGAGACCAUGAGGGACAAAAUACCGUGAAGGUGCUUCAUCGAAUAGAGGCAACAAGACACUGUUGGAUGGGUCGGGAACCCCCUCCCACCAUCACAUAAAUCACCAGUCUUGAGUUUCAUCUGAAAGACAAAAUAAACUCUAAUCCCUGUGGUUUUUUCAUCCCGAUGAUGUGUUCAGGGACACUCCGACUUUUACAGUGCUGAGGUUUCCUUCGUCCACGUUGUGUUUGUGUCUCAAACGGCUACAGCUGAUCAGGUCUGACAGCAGGUGGCGUUGCAGCCUCAGCACAUUAAUGCACUUCUGCUUUAGUAAACAAACAUUUAUUUAUUUUAGAAAUCUAGUUUUAAUAAAUGUUUACAUUUAGUCA